GUCAAUGGGUUGUUGAUGUUUAGUCCUAAACAACACGAUAUGAGUAUCGUAGGUUUCACUCUAGGGUUGUAGUACUGGUAUGCACAAGUUUGUUAAGGUUGACGAGAACCCUUUGUUCGGUGUUGUAGGGUUUGGUGACUGUAAUAAAUUAUGGUUCAUCUGGUAUUGUAAAACUGUUUCAUGUGUGUUGUUCAGACUAUGUGUUAUAAUGUAUCCAGUCAUUUGGUAUUAUAUUUAUUUUGUCUUGCUUCCUUCAAUUACAAUUCUUCUAUAAAUUGCCAUGACAGCCGAAGAAUGGAGAACUACAACUACGGCCAACCUUCACAAGCCCCUGGAGACUAUGUGCCAUGCACAUACACAGAAGGCAUAGAUUUAACAGAAAUCGAUGACGAAGGCAACAUGAACUUUGCCUUUACUAAGAGCAUGAACAUGGAAGACAGCCAGCACUCAACUCCAACUGCAACUGACCCUAAGCUCAAGAAAGUAACAACUUGGAGGCUUGGAAACUACACUCAGGCCGAGGAUGAGAUACUGGUAUCUGCCUACGUGAACGUGUCCAAAGAUCCUGCAAUUGGAACGAAUCAGUCAGGAAAGGCUUAUUGGCGUCGCAUCAGCGACUACUACAAUGAACACAAGAAGACAGCUAAUGCUAGGACACAGCACUCCUUGGAGCACAGGUGGAGCGACAUUCAAAGGGACACUACGAAGUUUUGUGCUGCGUACGACAAAGUGAUAAGGUUGAAGCAAAGUGGCAAAAGCGAAGACGACCAGGUAAAAGAUGCACUACAGAUGUUUGAAGGCAUGCACAAGAAACAGUUUAGGUUUAUGCAUUGUUGGUACAUGCUUCGCCGAGAGGUCAAAUGGACGACCUGACUCUCAAGUUGUGAAACUCCACAUAAUAAUACUGGGAAUGUCAACGUCAAUGAAACUGGGUCCUAGGCGAAGCAGGGGGAAGACAAAUUUGGUUCACCGUCUAAUACCUUUGUGCGACCAAUGGGUAGGGACCGUGCAAAGAAGGCUCGUAGUACCAGCACUUUGAGCAAUUCAACUGCCUGCAUGGCGCUGCUGGAGAAGUUCCAAGAGGAUAGAGCAAAGUUCGAAGAAAAGGCUACAAAGUAUGAAGAUCAGGCCACAGCAUCUACAGAAGAGGAUCGAAGGGAUAUGAAGAUGUACAGGGACAGAAAGAUCCAGCUUUCUGAGAACAUGUUCAAACUCCACCAACUAGAGCGAGAUGAUCGCAUAAUGAAUAUGGACUUGGACAAGGUUGCUCCUUAUGCAAGAGACUACUAUGUGUAUAUGCAAAAGGACAUUUUGGCAAGGCUUCCUCCACCAUCAGACACAUGACCUUCAAAAUGUGUGGAAAUUGAGCUCAGUUGAGCGUCAUCGUCAGUUGUAUGCAAACCAUAUGUUUGUUAGUCUGUCGUAG